AGUUUGUAACAUAACAAACAUGGCAAACAUAAAUAGUUUACAUGUACCACCAGGGGGAUUGUUAGAAAUAAUAUUUUCCUUUGAUACCACGGGUUCAAUGUCCUCAAUAUUAGAUGAAGUUCAAAGCCGACUGCAAGAUAUGAUACAACGUUUGCAAUCUGACAUUCCCGGAAUCAGAAUAGGGGUUAUUGCACACGGUGACUAUUGCGACAAGGAUGUCUUCUAUUUAACAAAAGAAAUUGACCUGUGUCAAAAUGUUGCUGAACUCUGUAAGUUUGUACAAGAUAUUGAAGGUACCGGUGGAGGAGAUGUGGACGAAUGUUAUGAGCUCGUUCUGCGCAUGGUUCGACAAAAAAGUUCCUGGACUCCAGGUUCACAAAGAAUUCUUGUGAUGAUAGGUGAUGCCAAUCCACAUGAACCAAGCUAUGAACAGAAUGUCGACAAUAUUGAUUGGAGAGAAGAAUUAAAACUUAUGAAAUUAUCGGGUAUAAAAGUGUAUGGCGUUCAGGUGUUUAACUUUACAGGAGUUGAUGAGUUCUAUAGAAGUUUAGCAACAGAAACUAACGGAUAUUAUCUUAGUUUAACAGAAUUUUCAAACAUUUGUGAUCUAAUGAUGGCUAUUUGUUACGCAGAGCGGGGCGAUGACUUCUUAAUGAACUAUGAAAACGAAGUCCGAUCGCGCUUUGGUAGAUCUGAGAAUGUUCCAAAGGAUGUUGAAGGUAUAUUUGGAACUUUACGCAGAGGUGACUCUACGAAAAGUACAACAAGCGGGACGACAGUUACAGUUCAUAGUCAACCAACUUCUGCUAGAAUUGCAACAGUGAUACCAAUUUGUAGAAAACGCAAGAUAUCUGCUAUUGCAAAGGACACAAAAGCAGUUGAUAACGAAAAUGUUCAAAGGAAGAAAGCAAAGUUAAAACGGACAUUAAAGGAAUUCAGAGAAAGCUUGAGUACAACACAAUACGAUAAAAGGUGUUCGUGUAAUUCAUCAACCAGGUGGCUACUUGUUUAUUCCCCUGAAGAUCUUCACUCGAAUAAAUUCAUGCCUCGUCGUUUACAUAAUGCCAAUAGAUACUGGAAGAAAAUGGUAGCAUUUCCAAAGCUUUCAAAUGACAAGGGUGUGUAUGAACUAGCAGUUCAAACCAAACCAGGUAGAAAACUGCAUGUUGUGUACAGUCGUGUCUUCGACCAAAGGAAAUCAAAGUUAAUGCAGACGACUAAAUGGGAAGAUGUUUUAUUUCAGUCGAAAUAUCAGAAAAGUAACAUUAUGUCACGCAUAAGGAAUGUAUCUGCCAAUCAAGGAUGUCGUGUGUUCUUAAGACGAAUGAAAUACUCAAAGAAGACAGUUGAAGUUGUUAGUAGACUGGAUUUUGCAUGGAAACAUGCUAAGUCAAGGAAGCUGGUGAAAAAUUAUAUUGAAAUAUCCUAGCAAAAAUGUGAUCGUUUUAUUAAUUAUUUUGUUAUUUGAGAAUAUUAUAGAUUCGAUUAUUUUGUUUCAUUAAUGUGCAAUAUUUGCCAAGAGCAUGAAGUUUGUAAUUUAUGUUCAUGUGUAUUUGAUAUUUGUUAUCAAAAUAAAUUUAAAAUAAAGCAUUUUCUAUUUAA